GGUGCCGGAAGCGCGGCGCCGGAAGCGGCGGGGCCGGGGCGAUGCCGGUGGCCGUGCUGGGCGAGGCCGCGCGGAGCUUCCUGCGGGCGCUGGAGCAGUGCGAGACGCAGGAGCUGGAGGCCCCUGGAGGGAUUGCAACCCCCCUGGUUUAUGGGCAGCUCCUGGCUCUGUACCUGCUGCACAACGACAUGAAUAAUGCCCGGUACCUUUGGAAGAGAAUCCCCCCUGCCAUCAAGUCUGCGCAGCCGGAGCUGGGGGCCGUGUGGGCCGUGGGGCAGAGGAUCUGGCAGCGGGACUUCCCGGGGGUCUAUUCCUGCAUCGCGGCGCAUCCCUGGCCCGAGGGCAUCCAGCCCAUCAUGGAGGCGCUGCGCGAUGCCACCAGGAGAAGAGCCUUUGGGCUGGUGUCCCAGGCCUACACCUCCAUCCUGGCUGAGGACUUUGCAGCCUUCGUGGGGCUCCCUGUGGAAGAAGCUGUCAAAGAUGUUUUGGAGCAAGGCUGGCAGGCUGACUUCACAACUCGCAUGGUGAUGCCCAAGAAACCAGGUGUGCUGGAAGCUUCUUUGAACAGAUUUAUUCCCUCCUCAGACCCUGCCCCAGUCCCACCAAUCCCCAACGAGCAGCAGUUGGCCAGGCUGACUGACUAUGUUGCUUUCCUGGAAAACUGACUUCCUUGGGAAUCUCAUGGCCUGAAAAAAGUGGGAGUAGAUCAAAUAAGGAAUUAAUUAAAAAAACCCCACCAAACCACAAAACCCAAUUAAACUCUUUUGCAUGAAAUGGGUGGGGGUUUUUUUCACCCCCAAGUCUCCAUGAUCCUCUUGCUGUGGGUGGAGCAGGGAGGGAUUGAACCUUUGAGAGCUCAUUUUUUGGGGGGGAAACCAUCAAAAUGAUUAUUUAUUUGAAAACUUUGAUUUCUCCCUUUAGCUUCAGUGAUAAUUAAACAAUUGUGUUUCUACUGA